AUGCCCACCGCUCAACGUCCCCCUCUGGCUUCUUUGGUCCCUUCCUCCUUCAUAUCGCCAUGGCAUUCUGGGUCCCCACAGCUCCAGAUUACUGCUCAUUACUCCCAUAACGUCUGCAGCUCAGCCCACCGCCGCCUCCCCUCUGCCUGGCACACAAGGUCUACCGCGGUGACGGAAAUGGCGGAGGUGGUGGGAGACGGAAGAGUGGUGUGGGCAGCGAGGAGUGAGUAUGUCCCGCCUGAAGGCUCUGUGUCCAGUCUGACCCUUGACCCCUCUCCCAGCCGUGACGGGCCGAUGCUCCGACAGCCGGCUUCAGAAUUUCAGCUAUGGGCCCGCGGCGGGAACAGCGGAGCACAGAGCGCGGGCUACAUCCGACCAGACAUGAGAGGCCAGGCUAAUAACGCUCACUAUACGGUGCAGGAAUCAGCCUUCAGGGUGCUCUGUCCUUGA